UGAAGAUAGCAGUCGUAAGCCGUUCUCGAUCGGCAAGGACACCGUCACACUACUGACAGUACUGGCACGACUGGGUCUCUGGCAUAUUCGCAUCUUCCGGCAACAGGCAGCGUGCACACUCGUGCAGUGCUGAUUGCGAAUGUGGCUCGGCGAUCCGACUGAGACAAAAUGGAUAAUUAUAGUCACUAGAACCCCCGGGGUCUGCCUCGCCUGCAACUGGAAAGAUUGGGCCUCAAACUGGAUCCAAACUGCCAAACAACCUUGGAACCCAACAGCCAACAGCAAAGGUAGUUUCGACCAUUUUUGGCGAUCCGCAGUGACCAUCGAAGCUGAAACAUCUUUGACAAAGCAGCACCCACACAGCUUGCUGCACUGUACACAGUAUACUUCCCCCACCACCACCACAAUUGUAGUAAGACAAGAAAGCUCCAGCAGCCUCCAGCUACGUGAUUGAACAACAAUGCUGUCGGAUACCAACUCCAAACUCCACGAUCUCAAGGACAAAGCCAGACCACCACCGCCGCCGCCGCCGCGUAAGCCCAAAUCCCUGUCCACUCAACAACAGUCAGCACCUUCCGCCUCACGAAGCAAACGUGGCCUUGGCUGGCCCUGGGACUCCUCAGCCUCACAAUUCAAACUCUACGCACCGUACUACAGCUCCGGGCGGAUCUCGUGGGUAUUUAAUUGGGAACUCUGGGUCCCUGAAUCACUGCCUGUCGAAGUCGAAUGGAUCCCCUGCGUCCGCACGGCAGGUAAUGCCAAGGACGUCGACGCAUUUCUCAGCGACAUCCUCUUGAACCGCGGCCUCAAGGCUGAAGCUCUGUUAGGCUUCAACGAGCCCGAGAUCAGCGAGCAAGCGAAUCUCAGCGUCGAGACUGCGGUGGACUUGUGGCGGCGCAUCGUCCUGCCCGCGAAGAACAAGUUCGGGUUAAGGCUCGGUAGUCCGGGGAUGAGCAGCGACGUUGGCAGGAGUAAGCCCUGGCUCAGCUCGUUUCUGUCCCAGCUGGGAGGUGAGGAUGGGAUCGAUUUUCUGGUCGUGCAUUGGUACGGUCCGUGCUUCGCAGAUAUGAGAGCCUUUCUAGAAGACAUGCACGCCACGUACGGGCUGCCGCUGUGGGUGAAUGAGUUCGCCUGUUCAACAAUGGGUGAUGGUGAGGCAAGUCUCGAGGAAGUCGAGAAGUUCAUGAAUGAGGCCAUACCGUGGCUGGAUCAAUGUGACUGGGUUGAGCGGUAUGCAUACUUUGGAAAUGCGCAGGGCAAGGACGUGGGCACUUGGGUCGGACGGCGGAGUAACUUCACAGAACUGGCAGAGGGAGCAGAUGAAACGGCUGGGACGAGGUUGAGUCGAAUAGGAAGGCAUUACUGUGAGCUGUAAAGUGUAUGCAUAUGCAUUGACGAGUGAUGAUAUAAAAUGUAAGGUCUACUGAUGUCUAUG